UGGGGAAAACCCGGAAGUGCGAGGACAAAUGAUCAGACAAACAAAAGCCUCAGGAAGUUGCAUGUAUCGCUGCGAGGGAAAAAAGGGGGAAUUCAAGGGUUCCAUGAUGGCACAGGGUGUAUAAAAUCGGAACAGUGCAGUGAUUGAGCAGCACUGCGGUUCUGGUGGGGUUCUGGUGUGGUUCCUAGCAGCCGGUGAAAUGCCAUUUCUUCUUCAUGUGUGCGCUCUUUGUUCUCUAUAAAGGGAAGUUCAGCGCAUAUCAUCCGUCGGAAAACUUCAACCCUAAACUUAUUUUUUUUUUACGUUCCUAUCGCUUUUUUUCUCCUCCGAGAAUGACCGUGGCGGUGUUUUUCGGCUGUGCGUUUAUCGCAUUCGGCCCUGCGUUCUCUCUUUUUAUUUUCACCAUCGCCAGAGAUCCUCUGCGAGUCAUCAUCCUGAUCGCUGGUGCGUUCUUCUGGCUCCUGUCCCUCCUGUUAUCCUCGCUGGUUUGGUUCAUUGCUGUGAAAGCUAGCAGUGCUGACGAUGCCAAAAUACAGAAAAGUCUGCUGAUAUUCGGGGUCGUGUUCUCAGUCCUCCUUCAGGAACUUUUCCGAUUCGCUUACUACAGACUUCUCAGGAAGGCUAACGAAGGACUGGUGGCUAUUAGCGAUGAAGAAACUACACCCAUUUCUGUCCGUCAAAUGGCUUAUGUGGCAGGGCUCGGCUUUGGGAUAAUGAGCGGGGCUUUCUCCAUGAUCAACAUCCUCUCAGACUCUCUGGGCCCAGGGACUGUGGGCAUCUUCGGAGACUCUCAGUACUAUUUUUUCACCUCGGCUCUGAUGACUCUGGCUAUAACGUUGCUGCACACGUUCUGGGGCGUGGUGUUCUUUGAAGGCUGUGAGCAGCGCUGCUGGUGGGUCAUCGCUGUGGUGGUGUGUCUCCAUCUGCUGGUCUCCUGUAUGUCUCUGAUGAACCCGCUGUAUGAAGGAAGUCUGCCUCCUGUGUACGUUGUAACGGCAGCCAUGGCUGUGUGGGCGUUCUUCUCUUCAGGAGGGUCUCUGAGCAACCUCUCCCGGAUCUGCACACGUAAGAGGACCGAGGUGGCGUCUUCGUAAGGCAGCCGAGUCCUGACCUCGCAGCGAGGCGCAGGCAGUUUGUUGGACGGCUGCGUUCGCUGCACGAAGUAACCCGAAGCAGCUGGAGCAAGAACAGAAGCAGUGGCCAUCUGUUCUGACGAUGGCCCUGAGGUUGAACUCGAACCCCCACCAAUAGGGCUGCCUUACAGGUUAUAGGACUCUCAGAUCAAACUCGGUGUAAAUCGCUUGACAUCUUUACACACAUGUCGGAAUCCACGCUUUUUAUUAAUUUCUUUGAUCGCAAGCAUCUCCGAGUAGUAUUUUACAUAUAAACGCAGUUCAUUUGGUUUUGUUUUUUUUCCGUUAAAUUGCGAAUCAUUUCCUUUGUGUUACUUUUCUUCUGUUCUCCGGUGAAAGUGUAAUGUAAAUACGAAAAGUAAGCCUUAUGAGGACUUUUUUUUUUAAGUAUUAAAAGGAGAAAUGGUCUGGGGCCAGAACUGGAGCUUUCUUACAGUCUGGAUUCAUCCUGUUUAAUCUGUAAAACUGGGAAUACGUCAUCUUUUUUUUAAAAGGUAAACUGUGAACACAACCUGAAUAAAAAGUUUCUGAUGUUCUGACGAGCUACAUACACUGUACGGACAAAAGUAUUGGGACACCUGAUUUUCCCAGCCUUAUGUGGUUCUUUCCCAAACUGUUUUCGCAACACUAAAGGGCAUCUUCAGAAUUACCCUGGGACUAGGAGACCAACGCUGUUCCAGCAUGACAAUGAGCAAAUUGGGACUAAAUGUGGAAUGUGAUGCUCAUAAAGCACAUACCAUAUACUUAUGACCAGGUGUCCAUAAACUUUUGGAAAUACAGUGUAGUGUACGAUCGAGGGAGAUUUUUUAAUCUUUUGCCUAAAACCUAUGCCUUUUUCCACUUGUAUUAAUGUUAAUGUUAUUCAGUCAGAAACUCUGCCAUGAAUCCAGACUUCAAAGCCAGUCAUUGGUCUGACAUGUUCUAGCCCCAGACGGAUUCUGAGACAUUUCAGCUGCUAAUACACCCCCCUUUAUAACACCACACACACCACAGUGGAGCAGUUCACACCAAAUGUCCUUUUCACACAUUCAGCACUCAUUAAUUCAGUAAACACUUUGAGCUCAUCAAAUGCCACAUGGACACAAAUCCUCCAUCUGAUGAGUUCUACAUCGGGGCAAAUGUAUGCAAUGUGAAUGUUGUAUGUCCUCAUACAGGGGGGCAGGCAGGCAGAUGCUGACUGACACGUUGAAUACUGAAUCUACUGUGUAUAUAUACUAAAUAUGCAGAAUUAGCUUUGUAAUUUCUGUCUUUCGUAUACCAGGUCCUUCUAGAUCACUGGUCAGUAGAAGUCAGGAACACAUGUAGCAGCAAAAUCACCUUCAUGGAUUUCGUUAAUGUUUCUCUACUCUGGUUUCUCUACUAACAGACUGUUGAGGGCUUCUUUUUUUUAAAGAUCUCUCACACCUUUUUAUUCCUUUGUGUAUCUGGGUACAAAUUUGUUCCUGUAAACAGCAAGCAAUAUAACAGCUCUUUCUAGUGCUUGGUUCGACCGCUUCACAACACUGGUGCUGGCUUGUGUUUAUUCAGGAGACAUUCUUCGAUUGUGUUUUUCAUUUCCAUGAAAUGUUCUCUCUCAUGGAUGAAUUUUUUAAUGCCCGUAUUGUUAUUUAACCAAUGUAAUGCUGCUUUGCUCCGUGAGAUUAUAUGUUCAAAACUGUUUGACUUUCCGCUGGUUUUGAUUCGCCGCUCAGAGAACAGUUUCCAGACCAGCAAACUUGAUAACACUCGUUCAUAAUCACACCUUUCAUGGUUGUAAUAUAAUAAUAUAAAUCUGUAAAGAGAGUUUUUUUAAUGUUGAA